AUGAACUGGAGAACGUCUCUGUUUCUGAUUGCACUUUGUACGCUUUUGUGCGCCUCGGCUGGUACCACUACUACUGCUAGUACUACUACCGGUUCCGUGCGUGAAAAUGACAAACUGGCAGCUGUACGUAAGGCGAGGUGUGGGACAACGAAGGACUGUGUACAUGUGAAGACAGCGAAGGCGCAGCUCUUGGUGGAUGAGCUGGACUUCAACGUCGAUACUCCAGAAACGGUGCUGGCACGCCUUCCACAUUGGUUUGGUCCUCAGCGCCCCCAUGCUCUUCUGUUGAACGGCAAACUGCUGAAUGCUGCAGGCACGCUCUCCAGCCAGGGUGUUGAAGUUGGCUCCGUUGUAAAUUUGGUGGCGGCAGCCGCAGCCGAGGACGGGAGGGACGGACUGUGA